AAGAAAAAUGCGGAUGUCUUUAUAACAAGGCUGGCCGUAUACGACUCUUCAUAAAAACAACUUAAUCUUCAAGGUAAGAACAAAGUAAAUUUGUUGCUGUAAACUUCAUUUUAUUUCACUAUCUUGUGAGAAAUAAGUAUUUGAAAUGGGAAAAGAUUAUUAUUCAAUGCUUGGUGUUUCUAAAACUGCUGAUGGAGACACACUGAAGAAAGCUUAUCGAAAAUUAGCAUUAAAGUAUCAUCCUGACAAAAACAAAGAGCCAGGAGCCGCUGAGAAGUUUAAAGACAUAUCUGAAGCUUAUGAAGUGUUAAGUGACAAAGAAAAACGAAAUAUUUAUGAUCAAUAUGGAGAAGAGGGUCUAAAAGGUGGUGCUGCUGGAUUCGGUGGACCACAAGGUGGUAGUUUCAGUUUUGGUCAAAAUGGCGGAUUUCAAACAUUUACAUUUACAAGUGGUGAUGCAUUUAAAACCUUUUCAAAAACAUUUGGUGGAGAUAUGGGUGGGUUUGCUGGCUUUGAAGACUUGUUUGGUGGCUUUCCAGGAAGUUCAGCUCGUAGUAAUCCAUCAAUGAAUUCAUUCAUGUUUCGUGGACAAAAUGCUGAUGAACCAAUGGACUUUGAUAACUUUGAUGGGGGACACCACAAUUCCUUUCAAAUGCCUAAGCGGCAGAAAAUACAAGACCCACCUGUACAAAAAGAUUUAUUUGUUUCAUUGGAAGAUUUAGCAAAAGGUUGUACGAAAAAAAUUAAGAUUACACGGCAAGUUUUAAGUGCAGAUCAACAAAGUACGUACACAAAUGAAAAAGUGUUAGUCAUUGAUAUCAAAAAAGGUUGGAAAGAAGGAACAAAAAUAACCUUUGCUAAAGAAGGAGAUCAAAAACUUGGACACGUACCGUCAGAUAUAAUAUUCACAAUUAGAGAUAAACAGCAUAAAUACUUCACAAGAGACAAAAAUAAUAAUCUUAUUUACAAAGCAUGUGUAUCAUUACAGGAUGCUUUAUGUGGUGGAAACAUUCCUAUACCAACUCUUGAAGGAAAACUUGUUAAUAUAUCAUGGACAGAUGUAUUACAACCUGGUUGCACAAAACGUAUUGUUGGAGAAGGACUUCCGCUACCAAAGAUGCCAAUUCGAAAAGGAGAUAUAAUCAUUACAUUUGACAUAAACUUUCCAAAACAUCUACCACCAGCAAGUAAAGAAGUGUUAAGAAAUGCUAUACCUGCAUAGAAUUGUGAUACUGUAAUAAGAUCUAUAUAGCUGUAAAUAUUCUAAUGUUUUGAAGAUACUUUCAUGUUGUA